AUGGACGAAGAUCUCGUCGCACUCUGCGUCAUGGUCGGCGUACUCAUCGUCUUCCCCCUCUCCGUCGUCGCCCUCGUCCUCGGCAGUGUCGCCUACGCACGCACCAAAGCCUGGGACCGCGCACGCAACCAGCGCACUACAGCACAGGAAUCCCUUCUUCCCACCGCUCAAGACGACGACAGCGAGUUCUACGACACAGAAGACGAGGCGGAGGCCAACGAGCGCAAGGCGGAGGAGUCGCGUGACGCCAUGAUGACGUUUGGGCAGAAGUGGCGCAAGGAGUUUGGCAAGGCGUGGAAGGGGAAGGGGAUGAAGCAGAUUCAGAAGGAGAGGGAGAGGGAGGAGAGGAGGAAGUUGGCUAAGGCUGUGGCAAAAGAGCUGGAUAGGAGGGAGAGGAGGGCGGCGAGGAAGGCGGAGAAGAAGGAGGGGCUGCCGAGGUAUGAGGCGUAG